UUUCGUAAAACGAAAAGAAAUUGAUAUAUCUACUGAAGGCGUUUUAAGUGUUGACCCCGACACGAAAUGCUUAGUCGGAAAUUGGUCAAACUGUAUCAGCCAAUUACUCAUUGCUGCUAAUAAACAAACGAAAAAAACCGACUUACCAUCCUUGUUAGAAGCUAAGUUUUCUACUACUAUGCAAAGUUCUUUUAUUGCUAGUAAAAUUACUUUACUGGAUAACUCUCAAGAUCGUUGUUCUUACAAUCUUGGAUCUUACUGCGUUGACCAAGAAUUUUGGAAAGGAAUUGCAAGAGAAGAAUAUGGUUGUGGUGGUCUUCCGGAAUUAACUGGUUGGGUUACGUCACUUUUCCCUUAUGAUAGUUCUGAUGAAGUUGUUAAUAAUUGGUUAGAUGAAUAUCGGUUACCUAGUGGAAGAGUUGCUAUUCCAUUUAAUGUCGAAAGUGGUCAGAAAAAGAAAUUCAUCUCGGGGUUUUUGGCUGUACAUCAAGAA